GUAAUCUAAUUUGUUUUAUUUAUUUUAAAUUUAAUACUUAAUAUUUUGAUUAGGUAUGCCAAAAUAGCUCCUCCACUGGUUUUUAGUAACACAUAUUGAUGAGCAUCUUUAGAUAAGAAUUUUGACAAAUUUGCUUGCAUCAUAGGCUUAAGCAUGCUUUCGCACUGAAACACCUAGCAUGCUGUUGUUAUUGCAGCUAGGGGGGUUUUACAUAUGGACAUACACUUUUCACUUGGUAAAGAGUUCAUCCAUUAAGUUUAAAGCACUAAGAGCCGCGGAAGAGGAGGCUGCAAGGGAUCCAAACGACGACUUAAAAGCUGAUGUAAAAGCCCAUCUUCUCAACGGAGAGAGUGAAGGGUAUGAUGCAGAAAGCCAUCCUGUAUCACCUAAGAAGGAAAGCGAGCCCCUUUGGAGGAAGAUAAUCGAGUUUCUACACCUAAUAUUAGAGGAACUAAUGGCACCUCCUAGCUUGAUUAUUGGACUCAUUUUUGGAGCUACUACUUGGUUGAGGGGCCUUGUUAUAGGGGAUGGAGCUCCACUUCGAGUGAUACAAGAUUCCCUCAAAUUGCUUGGGGAUGGAACAAUACCUUCUAUCACCCUUAUACUAGGUGGAAACCUAAUACAAGGAUUAAGAUCAUCAAAAGUAAAGCCAACUGUGAUAAUUGGGAUUCUAUUUGUCAAAUACUUGCUGCUUCCUGUGAUUGGAAUUGGAGUAGUAAAAGUUGCUGAUACUUUUGGCUUCCUCCCACCAGACCUUUUAUAUCGCUUCGUGUUGAUGCUUCAGUUCACAUUGCCUCCGGCCAUGAGCAUUAAUUUUCCUACGGAAAUAAAAUCCGUCGCAAACUUCCGACAGAAUAUUCCGUCAGAACAUUUAACUUCCUACGGAAUUAAAAUCCGACGGAAAUUACACCUGUUCCGACGGAUUUUAGCCUUUAAUUUAAAAAAAAAACAAUUGAAAACCCGGAAACCCUACCCUUCCCCCUUUCAUUUCACUUUUCUCUCUCCUCUCCUCUCCGCCUCUCUUCUCUCUCUCUCUCCUCUAUUUCUCUCUCCUCUUUCUUUCCUCUUCUCUUCUACUCCUCCAUUCCCCCAUCCCUUUCUUACUCUUCUCCUUCCUUAUCUCUCUUCGUCCCCUUCAUUAUCCUUCUUCGUCUUCUUCGUCCCCUUCGUCUUCGACACCAACAUCUUCCGUCGACAACCAGCAACGCACCACCACAUCAACGACACCAACAACAUCUUCGUGAACUUCGAUCGACAUCAACGACAACCAGCAGCAUAUGAUGAUUUGUAGAUCUAGGGGUUUUUUUUUUAAUUUUUUUUCGGAUCUUUAUUAAUUUCAGAAGUAAAUGUAUAUAUAGUUG